AUGGAAAAUGGAUCUGGAUUCGUCAAGGCCGGUUUCUCAGGAGAAGAUGCCCCAAGAACUACCUUCCCUUCAAUUAUUGGUAGACCCAAAAACUCCAGUGCUUCGAAGGAAGUCGAUUCAGACAAUGAAUAUAUUGGUGAUGAGGCUAAUUAAAAGAGAGGAGUCUUAAAGAUUUGCUACCCCAUCGAAUAUGGCAUAGUCAAGGAUUGGGAUGAUAUGGAAAAGAUCUGGAAUCAUGCAUAUUAGGUUGAGCUUAGAGUCUCUCCAGACGAGCAUCCAGUUCUCUUGACUGAGGCACCACUCAACCCAAAGAUUAAUAGAGAGAAGAUGACUCAAAUCAUGUUCGAAACAUUCAAUGUACCUGCUCUUUAUGUUGCCAUUCAAGCUGUUCUCUCUCUCUACUCUGCUGGUAGAACCACUGGAAUUAUUUGCUAGUCUGGCGAUAGUGCUACCCACACUGUCCCCAUCUAUGAGGGUUUCUCUAUUCCUCAUGCCAUCCAAAGAACUUAAAUUGCCGGUAGAGAUCUCACCAUAUUAAUGGCUAAGCUCCUUACUGAGAGAAGUUAUGUCUUCACUUCUUCUGCUGAGAUGGAAAUCGUUAGAGACAUCAAAGAAAAGUUAUGCUUUGUUGCUUUGGAUUACGAGUCUGCUCUUAAGCAAUCUCAUGAUAGCGCCCAAUUCGAGAAGAACUACGAACUCCCAGAUGGUAAAGUCAUUACUAUUGGCUACGAGAGAUUCAGAUGCCCUGAAUGCUUGUUCAAGCCACUCGAAAUGAACGGAAGAGAGCUUAGUUCAAUCCAAGAUUUGACUUACAAUUCAAUCUAAGAGUGCGAUGUUGAUGUCAGAAGAGAUCUCUAUCAAAACAUCAUUCUAUCUGGAGGUACCACUAUGUACGAAGGUAUUGGAGAAAGACUCCUCAAGGAAAUCGAAAACAGAGCACCAAAGUCAAUUACAGUCAAAGUUAUUGCCAGCCCAGACAGAAGAUUCGCCGUCUGGAGAGGAGGUUCCACCCUUACUUCACUUUCAACAUUCGCUUCAAUGUGGAUUACCAAGGAAGACUACGACGAACACGGAGCCCAAAUUGUUCAUAGAAAAUGCGUCUGA